CAUCCGUUCGUCCUCAGUGCAGGGCAACAGGACUUUUGGCUCAACAUGGCAGCAGCAGCUAUGUUGCUACAGUGUUGUCCAGCACUUGUCCAGGGUACCACAGGCCUUCGAGGGAAGAUGAUUAAGGCUCACCAGUUCCUGUUUAAUAUUGUACGCUGUCCUAUUCUUGCCAUUCAAAGACCAACUUGUUCUCAAAUACAUCUGAAUGUAGCAAAGGCUGGAGGAGACUCUGCAUCAUGGGCCAAGAGUCACUGUCCCUUCAUGUUGACUGAACUACAGGAUGGGAAGAGCAAGAUUGUGCAGAAGGCACCCCCGGAAGUCCAGGAGGAUGUGAAGACUUUCAAGACAGGAAAUCAUGUCUUUGGUUAUGACCAGUUUUUCAGGGACAAGAUCAUGGAGAAGAAACAAGACCAUACCUACCGUAUAUUCAAGACCGUGAACCGCUGGGCUGAUGCUUACCCCUUUGCUCAGCAUUUCUCUGAGGCAGCUUCAGCUUCAAAAGAUGUAUCUGUCUGGUGCAGUAAUGACUACCUGGGCAUGAGCCGACACCCUAGGGUAUUGAGAGCCACACAGGAGACCCUGCAGCGUCAUGGAGUUGGAGCUGGUGGCACCCGCAACAUCUCAGGUACCAGUAAGUUUCAUGUGGAGCUAGAGCACGAGCUGGCUGAGCUACACCAGAAAGACUCAGCCCUGCUUUUCUCUUCGUGUUUUGUGGCCAAUGACUCUACUCUCUUCACUUUGGCCAAGACACUGCCAGGAUGUGAGAUUUACUCAGAUGCAGGCAAUCACGCUUCAAUGAUCCAAGGUAUCCGCAAUAGUGGAGCAGUCAAAUUUGUCUUCAGACACAAUGAUCCUAACCACCUUAAGAAACUUCUAAUGAAGUCAAACCCCAAGACUCCCAAAAUUGUGGCCUUUGAAACUGUUCAUUCUAUGGAUGGUGCUAUCUGUCCCCUUGAGGAGUUGUGUGAUGUGGCUCACCAGUAUGGGGCUCUGACCUUCGUGGAUGAAGUUCAUGCAGUAGGACUAUAUGGGACCCGGGGAGCUGGUAUUGGAGAGCGUGAUGGAAUUAUGCACAAGAUUGACAUUAUCUCUGGAACUCUUGGUAAGGCCUUUGGCUGUGUGGGUGGCUACAUCGCUAGCAACCGUGACUUGGUGGACAUGGUGCGCUCUUAUGCUGCGGGGUUCAUCUUCACCACUUCACUGCCCCCCAUGGUGCUCUCUGGGGCUCUGGAAUCCGUGAGGCUGCUCAAGGGAGAAGAGGGCCAAGUCCUAAGGCGGGCUCACCAGCGUAAUGUCAAGCACAUGCGCCACCUACUAAUGGACAGGGGCCUUCCUGUCAUCCCCUGUCCCAGCCAUAUCAUCCCUAUCCGGGUAGGUGAUGCAGCACUCAACAGCAAGGUCUGUGACCUCCUGCUUUCCAAGCAUGGCAUCUAUGUGCAGGCCAUCAACUACCCAACUGUCCCUCGAGGUGAGGAGCUGCUACGCCUAGCACCCUCCCCGCACCACAGUCCUCUGAUGAUGGAAGACUUUGUGGAGAAGCUACUGAUGGCCUGGUCUGAAGUGGGACUGCCACUCCAGGAUGUUUCUGUGGCUGCCUGCAACUUCUGUCACCGUCCUGUGCACUUCGAGCUCAUGAGUGAAUGGGAACGUUCCUACUUCGGGAACAUGGGACCCCAGUAUGUUACAACCUAUGCUUGAGAAGCCAGCUGCUUCGCAUCAACACUGCACCUGAACUUGAGGCUACAUCUUCUCUUCUCUGCUUUGUUUACUUUCUUGUUGAUUUGAAUCUGAAAAUAAAGAGCAAAUCGCAACAUUUGUAGCCUCUUGUUGAACAGAAACAAACAGUUGCACUAUAACUUGUACCUGACUCCCUCAGAAAACUGGCCAUGAAAAAAAUAUAGGUCACUUGCUGGUUCAGAAUUUUGUGAAUAGUGGAAACGCUGGUUUCCACCCACUCUAGUAUCAAAGGUCCAAUAUCCCACCACAACUAACCCCCACCUUUCAAUCCCUGCUCCCAGGUCACAACAAUGAUUAGACUGUAUAGUGUCAGUGUCCAGAAAAAGAUACAAAAAAGAUGCCCAAACACCUCUGCUACUUGUGCAAAGAAUCUAGAUGCUUAGUAAUUUUGUUUGAAAAUGGUUUCCAACAAAAAUCCAGGCACUUCCUCUUCAUUGGGAGAUCUGGAAACCAAGGUCCCAGAGUAGGUUCUGAAGCCAUAAGCAGUCUUUAGUCAAAAUGCCUGUAGGAGUGCUUCUCCAAAAUUUGGAGGCAUUUUCCAGGAAAGGGAAUGAAUAUCUUCCCCCCUCAGUCCAUUCAUUGCAUUUUCUCCCAUAGCACUUUACAAAACAGAACUUACCAGCUCCUCUUUUCAUAAACAGGAGACAGCUUGGCUCUAUAUUUUUGCUUUUGGGCCAAUACAUGGUAGUGUUCUAGGUUUACUCCUGCUGGGGCUCAGGGGAGUGUAUGAGGGUCAGGGAUCGAACCCAGGUUGGUCACAUGCAAGGCAAAACACCCUAACUACAGUACUGCCCCUAGAGCCCCAUAAUAACUUAAGACAUUGCUUCCAACUUCCCAAGUCCCACCACACAAAAAACACUUGAAUAGCACACUUUGGUAAACUAAUAUACUACCUGCUUAGAAAGUACUCUUUCCUUAAGUAUAAUUCUAGGCCUUGCCUGGCGAUUCUAUGACUGAAGAGACUAAUUUCUUUCUACCCUGUAAUCCAUUUGUGGAAGCUAUAGGCCAUAGCACUUGGGAAGAACUAGUUUAAGAUAAAGUACAUAUGAGUACUUAUGUGUGUAUAUAUAUAUAUAUAUGCUGAAAUAUACUGUAUAUUCUGUCCUAUGUCUACCACCCUAAAUAGUGCACGGCACCUCUAAAAUUCAGAAUUCUUUGUAAGGAGCACUCCUUCCUUCCCUUUCCCUACAGGUUUUUAUCAAGGUACAGGCCGAUCUUAACAUGGUAUUGAGAUUUAACUCAAUUUAACACUUAACUCAUAAAUCCAAAAUAUCCACACAAAACAAACUAAAAAGACAAAGACAUGUGGGCUAGAGUACAGGUUGUCACUUGCCUUACAUGCAGCUGACCCAGGUUUGAUUCCCU